AUGGACUAUUCGGCCAUAACUCAGGACCCGGAUCAUCCCUCGGGCUCUGAUCCCUGGGCAUCUCCUCGAGCGACUCAGACGUCUUACACUGCAUCCAACAACAACGAUAUUCCCUCCUCGCCGCUACCCCCGCAGCAUCAGCCCGGUUACAAUGGCGACCAGGUGGGCGAUGACUCCGGAGCAAGAUCGUCCGAGAACGGAGCCCCCGACUCGCCUGAUCUAUCUGCGCGACUUCAAAGUGCGCAAUUAGGAGACCCUGACUAUGCUGUUGAGCAGCCACCGUACGCGACACAAGCCCAGUAUACGAAUGAGCCUCGGUCUCAGCUCCCCGCGCGGUAUCAAACCGGAGCCAGACAGAAUGCCAGAACUGGGCCUGCGUAUAAGAUCCAAGCUAAAAUCACGGGACUGGAGAGGACGGGAAAGAAGGAUCCUAUCCUACGGUUUGAUGUUCAUGUAAGCGGUGUUCUUGUGGGAGACGGUCCGCCUGCGGUAAAACAAACUGACGCCGGCCAUCAGACAAAUGUUCCCAAAUUUAGGACGACACAGUACCGAGACGUUCGGCGUACCCAUGCCGAGUUUACAAAACUAGCAGACCAUCUGAUCUCCGCGAACCCGGAGGUUCUCGUCCCCGCAGUGCCGCCUCCAUUGACCCCCGCCGGGGCAGGGACCGAAGAGGACGAGAUCCGAGUCAAGGCAUCGAUGCAGCGGUGGUUGAACAUUGUUAUGAGCAAUGAGAUUCUUAUGCAGGAUGACGAGGUGGUUCUGUUUGUUGAAAGCGACUUUGGUUAUAGUCCUGUCGUUCGAAUGAAGCAGCCUGCAACAGGUGUUCGGAGGAAGGUCCUGAAGCAGUUCGCCCCGCCGCCUGAUGAUACCCCUGAACUGCAGGAUGCUCGGCCUAUUGUGAAGAUGUUCUACCUUGGAACUAUGGAUGCCAGCCAUAAGGUUGACCGCGUGGUUAAGGCUCGUCGAGGACUCGGCCUCGCUGAAUCCGAUUUCGGCGUCAAAUUAGGGCAGAUGCACGUGCAGGAGACGCACACCGGCCUAGCUAAUGCCUACAAGAAAUUGGGAAAGGUUAUUCAAACGGUUGGAGACUUCCAUGCGGUCCAGGCGACUGCCGAGGCGACUACACUUGAAGAUCCCUUGAGCUAUCAUUCCUCAGAUGCCUUCAUUGUUAAGGAAACACUGACUAAUCGUCACAUCCUUCUGCGCGAACUCAUACAAGCCCAGCAAGCCACACGCAGCAAGCGUGCAGCUGCGGACCGACUGAAAGUCAGCUCGUCCGUUCGGGCGGAUAAGGUCGACGAAGCCAUCAAUGCCCUGGACGAGGCACAGAGCCAUGAGGACUAUCUGACCAAGCGGACACAACGCGUCACUUCGAACCUUCUUCUGGAGAAGCGUGCCUGGUUUGAGCGUACCUCGAACGAUAUGUUGAACAGUCUGCGCGAGUAUACCCUUCGCCAGAUCGAAGCGGAGCGGAGAACUUUGGCGACUCUCGAAAGUGUUCGUCCGGACAUUCGGUCUAUCGACUCAUCCGGUGGACUUAGCCGCCUAGGUCGCGAAGCCCAUCCGGCUGUCCGCCGGGCAAACCUCGCUUCCAGUCAAGGCCCUAAGGGAGACGCAUGGAGUGGGAUUCCGCGCCGUAGUGACAGCCUCGGACGCAGCAUGAGUGGUAGCUUCGUUGCGCCGGCAGCAGAUGAGGACGAUGAGACUAACGGGUCAGGCACAGCCAAAGGACGAUUGCGGUCUCCCAGCGGCGUUGGCUCGAUCGUGGCGGACGAUGACGAGGAUCGACUCGAUGCCAAGAAUGCCGCCAGUCGAUUAGCCACCAGCACAUUUUGA